AUGGUCGCACUCGACGAUAUGACAUCUAACAUACCCGACCUGGUUGUUCCAGAGGGCAAUGACGAAGUUUACGAACAGGCUACCGGCUAUGUUAACGCGGUUUACUUUACUAACUGGGGUAUCUACGGCCGUAACUAUCAACCCGCGGAUCUGCCCGCCUCGCAGCUUACCCACGUAAUCUAUGCCUUUAUGAAUGUGAGGGCUGACGGGACUGUCUAUACUGGCGACUCCUAUGCCGAUCUCGAGAAGCAUUAUCCCGGCGAUUCUUGGGAGGACGUCGGCAAGAACGCCUAUGGUUGCGUCAAACAGCUCUUCCUCCUCAAGAAAGCCAACCGAAAGCUGAAGGUCAUGCUCUCCAUCGGCGGAUGGACGUGGUCCACCAACUUCCCAGCUGCUGCUAGCUCCGACGCGACCCGAUCUACAUUCGCCAAGAGCGCUGUUACCCUGAUGAAGGACUGGGGCUUCGACGGUAUCGAUGUCGACUGGGAGUACCCUGCGAACGCCACCGAUGCGAAUAACAUGGUUCUUCUACUCCAAACUGUGCGCAAGGAGCUUGAUGCGUACUCGAGUCAAUAUGCAUCUGGUUACCACUUCCAGCUUUCCAUCGCUGCCCCGGCUGGUCCCGAUAACUACAACAAGCUCAAGAUGAAGGAGCUUGGUGCGGUUCUCGACAAUAUCAACCUCAUGGCUUACGACUAUGCUGGUUCGUGGAGUACUGUAUCUGGACAUCAGGCUAACAAAUACGCCAACCCCAAGAUCCCCGGCGCGACGCCCUUCAACACCGACCAGGCUGUCAAGGCCUAUAUCAACGGCGGUGUUCCCUCUAAGAAGAUGGUCCUGGGCAUGCCCAUCUACGGCCGCGCUUUCGAGAGCACAAACGGUUUGGGACAGCCUUACUCUGGAGUUGGGUCUGGAAGUUGGGAGAACGGCAUCUGGGACUACAAGGUCUUGCCCAAGGCUGGAGCCAGUCUUGUGUACGACAGCGACGCACAAGCAUCCUACAGCUACGACGCUGCUACAAAGGAACUCAUCUCCUUUGACACACCUGGCAUGGUCAAGAACAAGGUCCUCUAUGUGAAGGACAAGUCCCUCGGAGGAAGCAUGUUCUGGGAGGCGUCUGCGGACAAGACAGGUGCAGAUUCGCUUAUGGGCACCAGCUCCAAGAACCUGGGGUCUUUGGACACUACCAACAACUACCUGACGUACCCCAACUCGCAGUAUGUGAACAUCGCCAAGGCACUCAAGUGA